CAUGUUGAACUGUAGUGAAUAAAAUUGAGUUAAUUUUGCUUUUAAGGAAAUAAAACUGACACAAUAUGCCCAAAUGCGACCUCAAAACGAGAUACCUCCCCGCGACGUUCGCCUGGGCAGUACUUUUGGGCACGACGUCUUUAUUUUUUUAUUAUCCAUGCCAGUACUAUGUCUCGAGGCAUCCAUGGGUUCCAGCAUACCAAGGUGUCAUAACCUUUUUUGUUUUGGCCAAUUUUACACUGGCCACUUUCAUGGACCCGGGAGUUAUUCCAAAAGCUCCACCUGACGAGGAUCGAGAAGAUGACUUCCGAGCACCGCUGUACCGCAGUGUAGAGAUCAACGGCAUAACGGUGCGCAUGAAAUGGUGCGUCACAUGCAAAUUCUACAGGCCGCCUAGGUGCUCGCACUGCUCCGUCUGCAAUCAUUGCAUAGAGACGUUCGAUCACCACUGUCCGUGGGUGAACAAUUGCAUCGGGCGGCGCAACUAUCGCUUCUUUUUCUUCUUCCUCAUCUCUCUGUCCAUUCACAUGCUGAGCAUUUUCGGGCUCAGCCUCUAUUUCGUUAUGCACAACGGCUCAUUCAAGCAAGUCGAGCCUAUCGUAUCUAUGGUAAUAAUGGGCAUAAUUGCCCUCUUAGCAAUACCAAUUUUCGGCCUCACGGGGUUCCAUAUGGUGCUCGUGUCGAGAGGUCGCACCACCAACGAGCAGGUGACGGGAAAGUUCACCGGAGGGUUCAAUCCCUUCUCGAAAGGAUGCUGGUAUAAUUGUUGCUACGCGCAGUUUGGACCGCAGUAUCCGAGCCUUGUGCGGCCAUUAAAGUAUAUCUACAAAGGUGGAAAGAAACGGCGGGAUAUGCCGCCUCAUUCCGCGUCCGCGAUCAGCACGAUCGCCACUGACACCCAACAUCAGGUAAAGACGUACACGGCGGACAACGGUACGGCGCACCGGGCGGUCGGCGCGCACGCUCAUUAUAAUAAGCUAUCACCCGGGAGAGAAGAACACGAAGCCGAAAUGGAUGGUCCAGGUGCGUCACAAAGCGCAGACUGUGAGCCCACGCCGCCGCCGUUGCAACGACGGGGGUCCGCGGCCAACUUGUUCCCCCCUGGGGAACCCCAUCAUCAUCUGCCGCCACGGCCGCACCAUUACCCGAGGCUAAGUCCUUUAUCUAGAAAUACAAGCCACGGCGGUCCAACGACGGGGUACCGGGUGGUAAUGGAGCCGCUGCGCUACGACCCAGGGUCGAAUGGAGGCGCGCGGCCCUCGCCCACCACGCAGCAACGAAUCAAGGCGCUUGGAGUGCCCACACCGCUUGCCGUCAGCAGUCCAGUCAGGAGGUCGAACCCGGGCACGCCCACGGCGCCGCGGCGGCCCGACUUCAUCGGCGUGGCGCCCGGCGGGGCCGGCGGCCGCGCCUCGCCGCAGCGCCGCUUCCUAUCCGAGGGCGAGCUGCUGGCCGAGUCCAGCGCGCCGCAGCACCGGCCCACGGCCGACGACAUCCGCGAGCUGGCCGCGUCGCCGCAGCGCGGCAACUACCUCUGGGCCGAAAGGCCGCACGCGCCCAAGGCCGCGACCCACCCGCACCCCCCGCGCGGCGGCGUGGCCGUGUUCCCGCCGCAGCCCAGCCCGCUGCCGCGUCGCCGCCCCCCUCCGUUGGGUCCCCCCGCGCCCCGCGCCACGCGGCCGCUGUCCUUCGUGCGCGCGCUGGAGGUGCAGGAGCAGCUGGAGGCGCGGCCCGCGUCCCCCGACCCGCCCGACCGCGCCUCCGUCUACGACUGCAACUACGAGAUCUCCGUGUGAGCCCGCCGCCGCGGCCUCGCGUCCAGGGCCGCUGCGAGCCGUCGGUCCACCUUUUGUCCUAGCCGUACCUCACAGUCCUAUGUGUUCACCGUUCCGACGUACCCCCCGGGCGCGGCGCGGCUCGAUUCCAAUGAAAUUUCCCGCGAUAGAAACGCACAAUGGAUUCCCAAAAUCGACUCGACGUUAUCGUUAUAGCGCGCACCCUCGACUCGCGGCUCCGGAGGUAGUUCGAGAGCCGCCACUGAUCGGGCGGCGCGCAGCAUUUUGUACCCUCAUGCCAUAGUGUGGAUAGAUGGAGCGAUCGUGUACUACUGUAGCUGUAAGACUCGGGUUUUUGCUCGUAAGGUGUAAUUAGAGUUUUAUAUGUAUGUAUAUUUGUGAGUACUUUGUAUCGUUGAAUUAUAUUUAACUGUGAAUUUGUUGAAAGAGUGUGUACAUAGUCCCCAGUGUUGUGAUUCCGAGUUGACAUAAUAAUAUAGAAUUAUUAUAGAAGAUUGUAUCAACACUUGAGUGUCUCAAUUAUUGUAUAAAAUAUUUAUAUAUGAAUCGUUCUCUUGGAGCUGUUGUAUGUUUCCUUUAGGUUAGACGAGAAGUGUUAGGGAGGUGACGGAAUUGACUGAUUUGUUAAUCUGCUUCAAUGAUUUAAGUUGAAUUAUCUGCAAGCGCAGUGAUUUUUAGAGAUCGUCACAGAGUUCAUCAAGUUUCGAAUUUUAACAGAAGACUUGACGUGUAAAUAGCAUUUCACAAAUAGACUAAUGACGACUGACAGUAUUCAUUUUUGACACAUUUGUAAGAAGAGAUGAACUCUGUAAGAGAAUUGUGCCAAAUAUUCAGUAGACCCUGGUAUAGCUUGGAGUACGUAUUGUGUUCGGUUCCUAUUUAUACAGAAAAUGUUCAAUUUGUUUUGGCAUUUCGAAAUUUGCAGAUUUAGAAAGCAAAGCGGUCACAGAUCAUGUAACACUAGCCGCCGUAUGCUUAAAUAUUCUCUUAUAGGCUGUGACAUAUCUAAAUUAAUUACCGAUUUGGCGACGAUUUCUAUAUUGCUGCUUUGAAAAAUAUCUUGUUUUAAUUUUGUAUUACUACAUGGCAGAUUGGGAAGAUGUAGGCGCUGCACGGACGGAGCAAUUUUAGUUAGGUGACGCAACUGUCAACUUUUUACAAAUUUGCCUUAACGGUUGCCAGCAGCAACAACAAAAAAGCCCAGUUUACGGUUGCCACGAUUUUAAACAAACUUCCGAAAUCUAUGGUCAUUAGCAAGACGCUGCGGGUGACGGUGGGGAGUAUAGUCGCUCAGUGCGUUACGGUUGCCGGUUGGGGAAAUUGGCAACUUGAGACAACCGGUACAAAUUGCAAGUUGCUGGCUGUGGCAAUUAAUAAUUUAUUUAAUCACAUAUUUCGACAAUCAAAAACUGUUGUCGAUUGUCGAAACUUCUGCCCUCGCAGUAUGCCGCCGCGAUAAAAUUAUUAUAUCCACAUUCGGCUGUCAAAUUCGAGUGAUAAACCGCCAUUUUGAAAUUUUAUCACAAUAAUGAACAUGGAGCACCGUGACGUCUCAUAUUUAUCGCACCGCGCGCGACACUAUGGUAUAUCGCAGUGCCCUACGUAGCCGCAAGAUGACGGCUCCGCGAGUGUCAGUUUUAAAACCAUUUUGACAGUUCUGCGCGGAAUUUUCGCCAUGCUACGGUUGCUAAAAUGACUACGUCUGCGCAGUUUAAUGAAAUUAUAUGGAAAACAUAAUAAACGGGUAGUUGCGGUUUGCCAGUUGCCGCAACUCCUGAAUCAAAAUUGCUCCGUCUGUACAGCGCCUAAGUUGCACAUAUUGUUAUGUUAUUUAGCACUGCUCUUAUACUUUCUGGUUAGAAGUUCUCACUGACGAUGGUUUUAAUAAGUACCAGAUCUCAAAUCUCCGAAUUUGUAAAAUAUUCGUUCCCAUCCACGGUACUUAGGUUUUGUAUUUAUAAAAUACGUUAGGGAAGCAGAGUUUUGUGCACUAAUAGUGUUUCUACACAUAAAUGUCAUAGGAACGAAGUGUGUGAGAUUAUUGUGUACAUAGAGUUUAAUAUUAUUUAUAAUUUAACAUUAUUAAAUACGUUCGACAGAUUAGCAGGAAAUGUUUUGCGAGAAUGUAGUGAUGAGCACUUUACAAAAUACUUUUAAUAUUGAAGCAAGCAAACUGUAAUACUUAGUGUAGGUGUAAAUUAUAAUUGGCAUAAAAAAAACAUGACAUUAACUGCGUAACGUCGAUUUUAAAAAUUUUUUUUAAGGAUAUAUAAAAAUGCUAUAAUCUUUCUACACCAUCGCAACAUUACCUGUUAACUUGUCAGCGCAGUUUGACAUGUAUAGUGUAACACACACUGUACACACUGUGUUUGUAUAGAGAACCACAAUAAUUGUCUUCUAUAUAUAAGGUUAACUAUGUAAAUAUCCCGCAAUGAAAAACAUUUUUAAGGACAAUUUUGUAUAGAUUAUAUAAAUAGUAUUUGUUGUGAAUGUUACUAUGUGUAUAUCACAUAUUUCUUGUAAUUAUUUUCGGUGCCAGUAUUGCAACGUUAUGUUCUAUUGACAUAUCAAUGGAGGGAUUUUUUUUUCAAUUAAAUCGUUGAGACAAUCGUUUGAACAGAAUUAAAGAUGGUGGACAAUGAUAAAUGAUUCAAGAAAGUGUUUUAUGUCAUGUGAUACCUUACAAAAUGAUAUGCGAGAGAUUUUUGUAUACUUUGUAAGACACUUUAGUGUGUUGCAAACAUUUUUGUGUGCAUUUUUGAACAAUUCACAAAAGUGUUAAAGUACAGAAAUCUAUUGGUAGCUAGGUAAUUCGUAAUUUUUAACACACAAGUUCAACAUAAGUAUUGAUUAUAACAGUACUAUCUUUCGCAUGUAACAUUUAAAACGGCCUAUUCUGUUGUUAAGUAUUAUCUUUUGACCUGUUCUCUCCUGGUCUUUUAGUGUUCUGGUUGAACAUUCCAUGCUGCAAUGCAAUAUAUUCUUACGCAACUCGAAGAUAUUACAAUUACCUUAAAGUAUGGAAAUUGAUUGACCAUGACCAUAAGUGUAGCACAUUUAGUAACAGUGAAAGAGAUAGGUACGUGGAUAUAUCUUACUGCGUAUUUUGACAAAAUGUAAUUUCAGAUUACUGUGUUCCGGUUUUGUAGGGUAAGCUGCUGAAAUUACG